CCAAAUCAAAAACACACACAAAAAUCCCCCAAAAAACAAGGAAAAAAAAAAAGGUCAUGAUCUAGGUCUGGUCCAUCCCACCAAGAUCAUGAUCUUUUCAUCUCCAUAAAAAAAAAAAAAAAAAAAAAAAAAAAAAAAACUCGGAAUCCAAAACCAUUUUCUUCCAGCUCGAGCAUGGCUUCUCGUUCCUUCACCCGUUACGUAGAACAAGAACUCGGAAAGUUCCCACAUUUCAUAGUUUGUGCAGUCCUCGAAUGGGUUCUCAUAGUUUUGCUUUUCCUGGAUGGGUUUGUUUCAUUUUUAGCCAAUGAAUUCGCUAAGUUCUUCGAAUUGAGAGUCCCGUGUUUGUUUUGUACCAGAAUCGACCAUGUUUUCCUCCGUAAAAACGCAGACAAUUUCUACUACAACAAUAUCAUUUGUAAAGGCCACAAGAAGGACAUUUCGUCACUUGCAUAUUGUCACAACCAUAAGAAACUCUCCAACAUUCGAAAGAUGUGCGAGGUUUGUCUUCUAUCUUUUGCAACCGGGAAGGAAUCUGAUUGUGAUACCUACAAAUCCCUUGUUGGGAUUUUGCAUAAGGAUCUCGAGUGUUUCGUCGAGGAUGAUAACCGACAGGUUGUGAGCUUACCAAUGGGGAAGGGCAGCGGGGAUUUUUGUUGUUCAUGUUGUGGGGAGCCAUUAAAGGUGAAAUCGUCGAAUUCUAAAGGAAAAAACGGGAGUACAUUUUCGCAAGCGCCUGCACCUUCACCACGUGCAGCGUUUUCCAGUUUAAAAAAUGAGGAGAAGCCUACUGGGUUGGAAAUACCACAUAUUCGUUACACCGAACUCAAACUGUUAUCUGAUAGUGAACCAGAAUUUGUAGAAGACGAUGAAGGGUUACAUGGAAGGAAUCUCGAUGCUCAUCCAUUUAAGGAAGAUAUCAAAGCAGCUAAAACGCCAUUGCUACCUGAAACAGAGGAAGUUCAUGAAAGUUCCAGGACACCUCUUUUUGGCAGAGGAAACAAAUUCUUUGGUAUCCCACUUACAGAUUCUGUAAACGACAGUCCCAGGUGGGCUAUUAGGAUCCCAAAAAAAACACAACCAGAAAGAACAGAGCUAGCAGCAGAGACAUAUGAGACAGACAUGUUGGGGACAGGAGACAAUGAUUCGAUCUUGAAUUGCUUGAACAAACAGGUUCCAAUCGAUCGAAAAUCACUCAUGGAGUUAUACAUGGAACUCGACGAAGAAAGAAGCGCUUCAGCCAUUGCAGCAAACAAUGCAAUGGCGAUGAUUACUCGUUUACAAGCUGAGAAAGCAGCUGUUCAAAUGGAAGCUUUACAAUAUCAAAGAAUGAUGGAAGAACAAGCAGAGUAUGACCAAGAAGCCUUGCAAGCUUCUAAUGAUUUGCUUGCUACAAGAGAGGAAGAAAUCAAGGGCUUAGAGAAUGAACUUGAAGCUUACAGAGCCAAAUAUGGAUAUCUUGGAGAAGAUCAGCUAUCUGAUGAAGAUUACCAAGAAUUCAAGUCACAAUCAUGUCUAUCUUCUGAAUGUAGUACACCUUUUAGCUUCACAGGGAAAGAGAAUAACAAGCAAAGUUUUAACCAUUUCGACGCGUUGAAGCUAGCAGACGAUCAUAAUAUCAAAGAAGAAAGUAUGAACAGCCAUGGAAUAGCUUUGCCAUUCUCCCAGAAUGAACCAUUGAGAAGCUUUAGAGGAGAAAAAACAUAUCUUUUAGGCCGCUUGAAGAAGGGAAAGAAGAACAUCUUAUCCUCUGAUGAAUCAAGCUCUGGAAGUGUGAAUCAAUUAGAUGAAGCAACAGGAAAAGGAAGAGGUUAUGAACUGAGCCAACAACUCACGGAUCUUAACGACACGGUGCGAGUAUUCGAAGUAGAUGACGAAUUCUCCAAGCAGGAAACUUCGAAACCUCGUCAACAAGAACAGUGAUUCUUAACUCCACAUAUCGGUAAAGUACUUGGUAAUUCUAGAUGGGUUUCAGCUAAAGAGAGUUUGAAUUAAGGUGGGUGUUUUCUUUCCUUGCAGUUUCUUUUCUUUGUAGGAUGUAAAUAGUGUUGUGCAUGACAAGCUGACUAUAGAUAUCAAGCUCUUCAUGAAGCUCGAUAGUGGCUAAUUUAUUCGACACCGGUAAAAGACAUUCUUUCGUUUGUUCUUUAGUCAACAGACAAAGUCUAAGUACGAUGAUGUUUGGUUUUGGAUUUGCAGCUGCAGAGGUAAAAGAUAGUCAGCUGUCGGCGAUGGGUGUAGAGUGGAAAUGGUGUUAAAAGCCAAAGAAGAAGGGAAGGAAGAAGGCCAAUAGAAC